AUGACCAUCAAGGCAGGACUGACACUGUGUUUCCUGGUGUGUGCAAUUCUGGGACACGGGGUGUUCUGCGCGCCUGUCGCUGUCGCUGACAACGACGGCGGCGAUGGCGGCAAUGAGCGGUCAGGCGGGGUAAUUGUCCCGGGCGACGCCCCCUGGGACCGGGACGCCUUCGCCCCGGGCAUGGGUCGCUGGACGACCCUUGGGAAAGGCAUUUUGCAGCUCCAGGUGCCGUGUUUGUCUUUCCCCUUUCUCGGAUCCUCGGCCGUUGCCGCUGAUUUCAUUCUUCCGGGCGAUUUAUAUUUGUCAAUUUAUUUUUCGGAAAGCGUUGAUCCGUUGGAUAAAUUUUUCGUUGUGAGAUUAAGGAUACUUUUUUUGUUUGGAUAUCGAAUUACGGAAAGUGAGGCGUGGAAGAAAAAGGAGGCGUUGUCUGGGGAAAUGGAAGAGUUUUUCGUUCCACGUGAAAUCGAAUUCCGAGCUGCUUGCCGAAAACUUGUUUCUGAGACUUCUCGUAGGAUAGGAAAAGGAAAAGAAUUGAAAAGCCCUACCGAACUCGCUCGGCAAUUCAAAAUACCGAGUGCCAUUUUUGACGAAAACGAAAUCAUGAGACGAAGGCAAAUCCACGGCUUUGUCGAUGGUCUACCAAGUGAAGCAGACGAAGCUGAAAGUUUCUCUGACGACUUUUCGCAGCCUCAUUUUGAAUCCGAACGAAAUACCGAGCGAAAUGACGUUGUUGAAAUGGACACCGCUGAGGAGAUUAUUCAGACUGAUUCUGCACCGGAG